AUGGGUAUAUUCAUUCCGCAUUCAAAAUUGCCCAAUCUUAGGGCAUAUAAAUACCAGAGUGAGGAUCGAUCAUUGAUCACCAAAUAUAUACUGAAACCAUUUUGGCACAAGUUUGUCAACGUUUUCCCCAUGUGGAUGGCUCCUAAUGUUGUCACGCUGUGCGGAUUUGGGUUUAUUCUGGUCAACAUUGUCACUGUACUUUACUAUGAUCCAACAUUGACCAAAGAAGCGCCUCGAUGGGUCUAUUUUUCAUAUGCCCUUGGGCUGUUCAUGUAUCAAACUUUCGAUGCGUGCGAUGGUACGCAUGCUCGCAGAACGGGUCAAUCAGGUCCUCUGGGCGAACUUUUUGAUCACUGCAUUGACUCUCUGAACACCACGAUAUCAAUGCUUGUUUUCUGCUCAGCCGUGGGCACCGGAAUGACAAAGCUCACUGUUUUGUCUCAAUUUGCCCUGCUUUGCAACUUUUACCUCAGCACCUGGGAAGAGUACCAUACUCAUAAGCUAUUUUUAAGCGAGUUUUCUGGGCCUGUCGAAGGAAUCUUGAUGAUCGUGUCUGCCUUCACCUUAACAGGUGUCUACGGGCCUAAAACCCUUUGGCACACAAAGGUGUUCGAGUUUUAUUUGAGUCGCCGUUUCAUCGUCGUUGAAACAAUUGACAUUGUCAAUGCGUUUUGUGCUGUUGGUCUUGUUUUCAAUAUUAUCUCCGCGAGAAGGAAUGUUGUUCAACACUAUAGGUCAACCAGCAAUUCAACUGAGAGUGCUAACAAGAAAGUUCAAACUGCCACAGCAGGUUUGAUUCCUUUUUUCCUUUAUUUUGCAACAGUUUUCAUCGUCAUUGCUUAUGAUCCGCGCAUAAUCAGCUGGCCCUUCAUUUUAACCAUUGGAUUGACUAUGGCCUUUUCUGUCGGAAGGGUCAUAGUCUCGCACUUAACAAUGCAAUCAUUCCCAAUCAUUAAUCCACCUAUGUUCAUUCCCUUGUUUCAACUACUGUUUCAACUUGCUUCCAAAAUGGUUGGUAUUGACUCGGCUACAGUACUCAGUCCUCUCAAUUGGCUUGGAUUAGGACUGUCGCUUGGGUUGCAUGCCAUGUUUGUCACUGAAGUCAUCUACGAGUUCACCACUUUCCUUGACAUCUACGCUCUUUCCAUCAAGCAUCCCAAGGAGGCCUAA